UAAACGGAAGUGAGGGAAGAAGGAAGGAGACAAGUGACCUAAACAUGGCGUACCCGCUGGGUAGCAGAAGUGGCGAUGCAAUGUUAUCUUUAUCGUGGCGAUCUAAUCAUAAAAUCUUGAUGUGCUAUUUAGUUUUGGCAUUACAUCUUACGUUGCAACCAGUUUCUGCCAAAAGCAGCAGCCUAAAAGAAGUCACUGAUGGAAAUUGGCAGGACAUCUUGGAAGGAGAGUGGAUGAUAGAAUUCUUUGCACCAUGGUGUCCGGCAUGCCAACAGCUUCAGCCGGUAUGGACUGAGUUUGCUGACUGGGGGGAGGACAUGGGGGUCAACAUAGCCAAGGUGGACGUCACAGAACAACCUGGUUUGAGCGGGCGAUUCAUCAUAACUUCACUUCCGACCAUUUACCACUGCAAGGAUGGGGUUUUCAGGAGGUACCAGGGAGCACGUACUAAAGAUGACUUUCUGAGCUUCAUAGAUGAGAAGAGGUGGCAGGCGAUUGAGCCCGUCUCUUCCUGGUUUGGUCCAUCUUCCUUUUUAAUGAACACAAUGUCUGCUCUCUUCAAGCUGUCCAUGUUUAUCCGGCGUUGUCAUAACUACCUGACAGAGCAGUUGGGGAUUCCCGUUUGGGGCUCGUAUGUCAUCUUCGGCCUGGCCACUCUUUUCUCUGGUCUGGUGUUGGGACUGAUACUGGUGUUCCUUGCUGACUUCGUCUUCCCAUCGCGUAGGUUUUCCUCCUCGGACUAUUACCAGAAGAAACAGUCAAUUGAACAAGCCCGGCUGAUCCAGCAACUAGAGGAUGAACAAGAGGCCGACGGGGAGGAAGACGACGAAGAAGAGGACGAGGAGGAGGACGGUGAACAGGAGGAGGUCUGGAGGAGGAGGAGGAGAGGAUCGCCCGAGGGCCGCCCAGAGCCACGUGGACAGGCCCUCCCUGACCAAGCCCUGAGGAAGAGGGUGGUGGCCAACCGGGAGGAGCAGGAGGACGAGGACAUCUAGAGGCUGAGGCAGGAGCUGCAGACGCCUCCCCCACCCUACUCCCAAGGGAACAGCAGCGAGGGGUUAGUGGGGGAGCGCGGCCCCGAGUUGCAGUAGUGUUUACAGAAGGGAGCCCGCUAAGCCUCAAGGAGGCGGGGUCUGGCAACCACUUCCUGCUUCCUCCCCCGUCCCUCGGCUGCCCUGGGUGACGUCUAGACUCUCUCACGACUGCUCUCACCAGCAGCAGCCUCCCCGCGGGGGGGCAACUCUCCCAACACCUGCUCUACAUGUCUGAAACCAGUCCAAGGAGUGAGGUUUAAGUAUGAAGUGCAGUAGAUCUGAUCUUUUUUCUGGGGCAGUUUUGUUCAUGCUAUGCAUCUUUUUAUUGUUAUUUUUACGUUUGUCCCUCUUAACAAAUUAUAUAUUGCUUGUGUUUUGCCCUUUGUAAGAUGUUUUAUAUCUAAUAUAAUAUGUUGUUUUCCACUGCCUGUACCUCAGAAAUCCCAGUUCAUCUUUUCAUCCACUUCAAGUCUUCCCAGGCAUUUCAUGUUAUAAUUGCAGUUAGUUCACCGCAACACGGAUCAUCUGUGUGUCUUUACGCGUGAGAAAUAACAAUAGUAGCUACUUUUUGCUUUAUCUCCGACUCCAGGAAAGAGGUAAACAUUAUGAGGAAACGCUGAAAAAAACGAAUCUGGAAACUCCAUCUCUUAAAUGCUGUGUAAGGGUUUGAUACAUAGCUUGCACUCUACACAAGUAUCCAUUUAUGAGCAAAGACACCAAAAUGUUGACUUGAUUUGAGUGUGCAGUGGCCCUCGUUCCUCUGUAAGACUGACCCACAACAACAACGGAGAGGUUGUGUGCUGCCUGAGCUUACUCCAGUGUCAGGAUCGUGGUGCUACCUGUGUGACUAUUAUAAAAUAUGGAUGAUUAAACAUCAGUUUUGUGCUGUAAAUAUGACCUAUUGUUGUCUUCACUGCGAAAAGACCUACAAAAUACUGAAAACCUGAAGCCUGGUUCAGACUGCCAGGUCUAAAACUGUGUCCUGGUUGACGUUCCGUGGAACUAAACAGUCAGCCACGUAGUGUGAACCAGUGGGCUGUUCUAGAUGCCAGUCUGAAGGGAAUCUCAGGGUGGGUCGUUUGUUUGACAUUGUUUCUAAUAUCGUAAUUCUAAUAUUAUUUUACUUAUUCUUGCCGAGAUUCCAUUUUUGAUUGGGAACGUGCCAUUGCUCUGGCACAGUGCAUGCUGGUGUGGAGAGUUUUUCAGGGAUACAAACUCUGGCUUCUUAUGUUGGACAAACUGUACAGUUCAGUGUGUGGAUGUUGGAUGGCUUGUCCUGUAAACAAAGUCCAAAAGUGGAGUGGGUGAGAGUGAAGUCGCUGGAGCUUUUCUUCUUUUUGUUCUCUUUCCCUCAAAUGUUUCACUUGCUGUUCAGUGCUGAUGUGUGAUUGUGUGAGGGUUUUCUGAUUUGGUCCAGUAGACAAUGGUGACAAACAUGAUUGAUUCUUUUGAAGGUAAUAUGGAAUUCAAUCUCAUCUCAUGUCCUCAUUGAAAAUGAUCUACAGCACAAGGAUCUAGAAUCAACCAAAUCUAGAAUCAACAGACAUGCUCGUAACACGUCCAACCCUCCAGAUCUUUCAGCUUCAUAGAAACAGACUGGGAUGCUAGAACCUGUAAUGCUUUUGUGCAUAAAUCUCACUUUUAAGUUUAAUGAUGCAGCUAUAUAUAAUAGCUCAUGGUUUUUACAGUUAAGUUGUGCUUUUCAGCAAGCUUACCAUAGUUAAUGGUGGUUUUGCGACUGUUUAUCAACCUGAUGUAACCGUUUCCUGGCUGACCCACGCUUCCUCACCUCUGCUGGGGCCAACAACUUCACAGACAUGAAACUUAGCCUGCAGUGCUUAGUGUGAACCAGACCUUUCUAAAUAAAGAAUUGAUAUGUUUGGAAAAAA